ACUAAAGCAGUCUUGUGACCGGUCAUGGGCCUAGCACGAGUGAGCCGUCAACCGGCUUCCUUGUAUGUUCUCGAAAGACAUGCGUACGAUUCUUUCUUUAAUGCAAUUUAAUCGUUACAGGUUCACUUGAUACGAUAUUGUGUAACUUAAUUUUACUUUUAUAAUCAAAUCAUGUACUUUUCUAACUAUUUUAACUCAGUUUUAAUAUGCUUUGUAUUCUCCUACACCAUCUUCAUACCGAUCAUUGGCGGAUCGGAAGACGGUAAGAAGACCAAGAGCGCCAGAGCAUUGGAAACCCAAGACGCAGGAGAUGAUAUGGACGGUUUGGACCAAAGGGACAGACUUGAAGACAAUACCGAAGAAACGACUAAAGUACCACCGGGAUUUUUGAGUCCAUCGGUCAGAGAAUACUUAGAGCUUGGACGGUCAAUUCCAGGCAAACCAGGCACGGACUACCCAGUGUUGGCCGUGGUGCCGUACACGGACUUCUACUGCGACGACCAACCGUACCCGGGGUUCUUCGCAGAUGUGGACACCCGGUGCCAGGCGUGGCACUAUUGCGACAUCGAUGGGCGGCAGGCGUCGUUCCUGUGCCCGAACGGCACGCAGUUCAGCCAGGCCGUGUUCGUGUGCGACUGGUGGUUCAACGUGCGGUGCGACCUGAGCAAAGAGCUGUACCGCAUCAACGAGAGGCUGUACCGGACGACGCCGCGGCCGGACCGGCCUCACAGGGUGCUAACCAAGGAGUUGCUCGACCAGAUAUUUCUCUGAUCGGGCCGUCCACCCGCCCCGUGCACCGCGCGCAUGACGCGGCCGAAUAGAAGUCGUUGACAACCCCAACGCCGCGUAACACGCUGCUACGCACCCGUUACAAACCUUGUCGUGACGGCCACUACCGCCCCCGGUCCGGCUUACACCCAUUAACGACGCGUCCCCCCGUCCGGCGUCCCGCGAUAAACAUCUGUUUCGCACGGACAAUUCGUAUUUCGCACACGAAACGCGAUCUCCAGGUACGAAUCCGCCGUCAAAUGUCAACAACGAGUUUUCGAUAUUAUUAUUAUAAAUAUCACUCGUUAAACUCGACGUAACGCGUAGUAGUCUUCGUUUGGUCCAGGUAAAAUACAACGACGGAAAUAUCGGGUUAGCGCUGCGUGCGUGCACGUGCGGCGAACGAGCGUUUAUGUAUACACAUUUUAAUAGAAUAGGCAAUCGUUUCAUAUCCACCCAUUGACAAAUAAUACUUGAUAUAAAUUAAACGUACACACCGCAUUUGCAUCAUUCGUUGCACUCCAACAGACGAUCCAUGUACACAAUUUAUGUCCAUUCUUUAAGGCCGCUUGUAAAUAUUUGUUAAUUUUUUUUUUCUUAUACAUGGAAUACAUGUAAAUAAUUCAAGCAACGUUUAAUGUAAAUAAAUUCUAAGAUCGCGAUUGAAUUAUUACAUAUUACGAAUGUCAGGUAAACGAAAGUCAACGAAUAUUGUGCAUUGCAUAUUUUUAAAACAAAUCAUUUAUAUUAUCUGGUAGUAUUUAUUUCAGUAAAAAAAAAUCAUAUUUGUCAU